AUGGACAGGCUUCCUUUUGAUGGUGCAGUUCAUACGGACACAAUCGGGUUUGCGGGUGGUCUUUGGGUGUUGUGGAAUUCAGAUAGAGUUAAGGUUUCUCAUCUGUCCAGCACGGAGCAAGAAGUGCAUAUUGCGGUUAAGGUACGCUUUUCUGAUACUAACUGGUUAUUAUCUGCUGUGUAUGCUAGUCCUAGGAGUGCUGAAAGGCAAGUUCUGUGGGGUAAUCUUAUGUGUGUGGCAGAGUUACAUAAUAUGCCUUGGAUCAUAGCAGGGGAUUUUAAUGAGCCUCUCUUAGGGGAGGACAAAUUUGGAGGCAGGGUAGUGAGUGUGAAUAGGUCCCUUUUGUUCAAGGAAUGUUUGGAUAAAUGUAGUAUGAUGGACAUUGGGUUUUCGGGUCCUCGUUUCACUUGGACAAAUAGAAGGGAAGUCCAAGCUUUGAUUCAAGAAAGAAUUGACCGGUUUUUUGUCAAUCCCGAUUGGUGCAUGCUGUAUCCUGAUGCUAGAGUUACUCACCUUAUUAGGAGUCACUCGGAUCAUUGUCCAAUUUUGCUUGAGAUGACUCCUGGAGUAAUUAAUGGGAGGAAGAGGCUUUUUAGAUUCCAGUCAUGUUGGUUGCUAGACCCUUCCUUCCCAAAUGUUGUUUCUCAGGCGUGGAGAGAUAGCUUAGUGGAUGCUAUUGGAAAUUUUACUAUGGAAGCUUCUGCUUGGAAUAAAGGCAAGUUUGGGAAUAUUUUUGCUAAGAAGAAGAAUCUGUUGGCCAAAAUUAAUGGUAUUCAGAGGGCAGUAGCUUUGAAACCCUCGAAUUUUUUGCUGAAUCUCGAAAAUGAUCUUCUUAAGGAGCUCGAUGCAGUUCUUAAUCAAGAGGAGGAAUUUUGGGCUCUUAAAUCUCGGGUGAAUUGGAUGAUUCAGGGUGAUUGA